UUUCGGCUCUCCCGUGAGCACCCAUAGGGGUUCCCCGCGGCCUGAAGGGUUGCUCGCUCCCGCAGGCGGUGAAUGCGGCCUCGGUGUCGGGCGGUGCCCCCUGGGGGGGUUUCCCAGGUCUGGAGGUCCCCUGCGCGUCCCGCUCCGCAGCGGGUCUGGGGGCCCGACCCGUUCGAGCCGUGCCAGGCCCGAGGCAGCGGCCUCAAGGAGGGAAAAAAUGGGGAAACGGAGCAACAGAAAAUAAACCUUUCGUCUGGGCAUCGCGGGAAACAAACAAACAAAAAAAAAAAGAGGAGGUUGGAAAAGAAGCCCUAGAGGAGGGCAGGAGGAGCGCUCAGUUAGCAGUGGAUUGUUAGGCAAACGAAGCGCUCCACCUAAGAAACAGCCCAAGUUUUAUUAUGGCCAUUGUUCUGUCCCUCUGCCGAAGUGCUUGCAAAAGACUUUUUGGCUCCUGAUGCGUUCGCGUUACCGCUCGCUCAAUGCUGUCUGGGAGGUUACGUUGUUGGUUUUUGUUUGUUUGUUUGAAGAGCAAUAGCCAACAGACCCGAGAGGAAGCAAAUAGUUUGUAAAAGACAGAAGCUUUUUAAGUAUCCACCAAAAAUAUAAUUUAAAAAAAAAAAAAAUCAAAGCCGCCAGGCAGCAGCCUCCACAGAGAGCAAUCAGCCUGGACAGAGCGCGGCCCGGGUCUCGUUGCUCUCCUCUUGGGUGUUUUCAACCCGAUGGAACGAGGAGGAAAAACCCUAAAAAGAAACGAGAAGGGUGGCUUCUCGGCUAGUCCCAAACUCCAGGCAGGCGGAGGGAGCCGCGCACGGGUGGUCAGAGGCCUCUGCCCCCACGCGUGGCUCGGCAAAGCCCCGUGGCCCGUGGGUCCGUUGUACCUGUGUCCGCCGCUGCAGGUUGUUGUGCUGGAGAGCAAUUGGGCUAUUGUUGAUAUGCUAAUGAGGCGAUUAGGCUGUUGGUAAAGAGCUGGAAAAGGGAAAAGUUUCGACCAUUAGAGGGAGAUCUCAGAGCGCGCAGAGGAGCAGUGCACAGCCUCCGCCAGCCGCGCUCCGCAUACCAGAGGCACCACUUUAGUGAAAGGCAGGGAGAAACAAAUCCUCUCUCACGCCAAUCCAUGAAAAUGCUUUGGAAACUGACGGAUAAUAUCAAGUAUGAGGAAUGUGAGGAGCGCCACGACAGCACCAGCAACGGGACGGCCCGGCUGCCCCAGCUGGGGACCGUGGGUCAGUCCCCCUACACCAGCGCCCCGCCGCUCUCCCAUACCCCCAACGCCGACUUCCAGCCUCCCUACUUCCCCCCUCCUUACCAGCCCAUCUACCCCCAGUCUCAGGACCCCUACUCCCACGUGAACGACCCCUACAGCCUCAACCCCCUCCACGCCCAGCCGCAGCCCCAGCACCCUGGAUGGCCGGGACAGAGGCAGAGCCAGGAAACGGGGCUCCUGCACACGCACCGGGGGCUCCCCCACCAGCUUUCGGGCUUGGACCCCCGCAGGGACUACCGGCGGCAUGACGACCUGCUGCAUGCCCCGCACGGGCUGGGCUCGGGGCUGGCUGACCUGCCCCUACACUCCAUCCCUCACGCCAUCGAGGACGUGCCGCACGUAGAAGACCCCGGUAUUAACAUCCCGGAUCAAACUGUAAUUAAGAAAGGCCCCGUGUCCCUCUCCAAGUCUAACAACAACGCCGUCUCCUCCAUCCCCAUCAACAAGGACGCGCUCUUCGGCGGGGUGGUCAACCCCAACGAGGUCUUCUGCUCGGUGCCGGGCCGCCUCUCGCUGCUCAGCUCCACCUCCAAGUACAAGGUCACGGUGGCGGAAGUGCAGCGACGCCUCUCGCCGCCCGAGUGCCUCAACGCCUCCCUGCUGGGCGGAGUGCUGCGGAGGGCAAAGUCCAAAAAUGGAGGGCGAUCCCUCAGAGAGAAACUGGACAAAAUAGGGCUAAACCUGCCAGCCGGGAGGCGCAAAGCUGCUAACGUCACCUUGCUCACUUCGCUGGUGGAGGGAGAAGCAGUGCAUCUAGCUAGAGAUUUUGGGUACGUUUGUGAGACAGAAUUUCCUGCCAAAGCAGUAGCUGAAUUUCUCAACCGACAACAUUCCGAUCCAAACGAGCAAGUCACAAGAAAAAACAUGCUUCUAGCUACAAAACAGAUCUGUAAAGAGUUCACCGACCUGCUGGCUCAGGACCGAUCUCCCCUGGGGAACUCGCGGCCCAACCCCAUUUUGGAGCCGGGCAUCCAGAGCUGCCUGACCCACUUCAACCUCAUCUCACACGGCUUCGGCAGCCCGGCGGUGUGCGCUGCUGUUACCGCCCUGCAGAACUAUCUCACCGAGGCGCUCAAGGCCAUGGACAAAAUGUACCUCAGCAACAAUCCCAACAGCCACACAGACAACAGCACCAAAAGCGGCGACAAAGAGGAGAAGCACCGAAAGUGAGGAUCCCCCCCCCAACUCCUCUCCCUUCCCCCCUUACAGCCCAUCAGUCCAUUCGUCUCCCUCCUCCCUCUUCCCUGCACCCAGCACCCCAGGCUACAGCAACAGAAUGAGCGUCCUUCUGCCAAUCCUGUUCUCUGACUCUGCAGGACUGCUCUGCCCUCUCCCCGCACCCUUUCCCAGCAUCCACAUUUCCAUUUUUUCCCUUUUCACUUGCCCCUCCUCUCCCCCCGCUGCUACCAUCGUUUUACUACUCCAGUUUGGAGCCUAAGAGAACAGAACAGGGGGACGGAGCCAGCAAAGAGAAAAAGUUCUGUCUUGAGUUUGUGGACGUUUUUUUUUUAAAUAAAACAAAAGGAGGAAAACAAAAACAAAACAAAAAGGACCUUUUUUCUAAAAAUAUAUUAAAAAUAAUAAUAAAAAAAAGAAAUAAAUAAUACUAAAAAAAAAUUCUAUGAGCUUCACCGGACUGAAUCACCACCUUCCCUUACAUAAACUUCAGUUAAGAUUGUAGCCAUAUUAAGAAAAAAGUGAAAAAAGUGCAACAGCAAACAAACAAAGAAAAGGCAAAAAGGACUGAUGACAUUUUAUCAGUAUUGUGAAUAAACUUGAACACAAAACACAAGCAGUUCCAUGUCAUAUCUUCAGUUAUAGAACUUUUUCCUGUCAAAGGUAAAGCGACCAACUUGAACUUUCUAUUGCAACACGGUUCACGGUUAUUAUAUAAGGGAAUCAGUGUUCAUGUAUGUAUAUAUUUAUUUAUGUGUAAUUUAAUGGGAAUUGUAAAUAUGGUGAGUCUGUUUUAAGCCUUUUUUUAUUUAUCUGGUGAUCUCGUUUACCUCUUGUUUAGUGGGUUUUAAAUCUUCCCCUCUUAGUUCAUCAUGUGGUUCAUGGUACUUAUUUAGAUAUCAGAGGUUUUUUGGGGGUUAUUCUCUGGGAUACAUCAUUUUUAGCCCUGUUGUAGCAUGUUAAAGGCGACAAUGAAGCAGCUGAACAAAUAAAAAAAACAUGAAUUUUUAUAUAUAAUUAGUAUGACAUUUAGUUUCUCAUUGCAGAAAAAAAUUAAGUGAUGUUGGACCCUGGCAAGAUUUUUAAACAUGUUAGUGGUUUUACAACCUUUAUGUGUUGUGGGAAAUGAAAGAAGUUAUUUUUAUCCACUGUCCCUUUCCUGAAAGCACCAUCAGAGCAAUAAAUUAAUAUUGUCUUUUAAAACAAGAUUUAGCUUUUCUUUCCUUUUUUUUUUUCUUCCUCCCUUUUGUUUUUCUUUUUCUUCUUUUUUUUUUUCCCAAAAAACUUCAAACAUUUGGGACCACCUGGUAUCCUGUAAUUCCACUGGCCAUAUUGGAAGCAGUUAUAGUUGUAUUGUAUUGAGUUGUGCCGGCAGUAGUUUCCAUGCCUGUCAAUGUAUCAUAGUCCUUUGUUGCCCAGAUAAAUAAAUAUUUGAUACGCUUUAUGUCGAUUUUUUUAUUCA